AUGGGAAAGAUCCUACAGACCCAUCCGAAGGCUGUUCAAGCUCAUAAAGAUAUAGUGCUAAGGUGUCUGGACGAUAAAGAUGAGAGUAUACGAAUAAGGUCUUUGGAUCUUCUCUACGGAAUGGUGUCAAAGAAAAACAUCAUGGAAAUCGUAAAGAAACUUAUGGAGCAUGUGGAGUCUGCAGAAGGAUCUCAUUACAGGUACAUCUCCGUGUUGGUGGAACUGACGAAAGUGGAGGCUGAUAACGAAACAUGGGGCGAAAAUCGCUUGAAGCAAUGGGGACAACUUCAUCGGUUGCUCAAUUGGAUAGCGUUGAAAAUGCACAUCUUACUGGCAGGGAGUGCUCAGCAGCGAAGUAAUAUUUGUGAGGUGUUGCUGGCAGCCGCCUGGAUUUGCGGGGAAUAUAGCCAUACACUACUCUCCAAAGCAGAAAAGGAAGAUGACUGGGAUGCUAUUGAGUCACUGGAUAAUCUGAUGUUGUCGAAAUUGGCCGACUUUGAGCUGGCGGAGCACCUGGAGGCACAGGAAAGGGUGAGAAUUGUGCUUGAUUGUGUCCGUGUGAAAUAG